CGAGGCAAAAUUUUCAGCAACUGGGCUAAAACUUAUCAGUGCCAGCCAGAGCUAUAUUUUAUUCCUGAAAGUAUCGAUCAAUUAAGAGAUGUUAUCAAGUUGGCUACAAUUCAUAAGAAAGUCGUUAGAGUAGUCGGCUGCGGCCAUUCUCCAUCGGACAUUACGUGCACGUCGGAUUACAUGAUCAGUAUGGAAAAAUUAUCCGGUAUUCUUGAAGUUGAUGUGGAUCGUAAUCAAAUAAAAGUACAAGGUGGUGUCAAGAUUGAGCGGCUACAUAAAGUCCUAGAAGAGUAUGGCCUUGCUAUUAGCAACAUCGGUUCGGUAUCCGAUAUCACUCUAUCGGGAGCAAUUGCUACUGGUACUCACGCAACAGGUGUCGACUUUGGCAUGCUUGCUACCAAUGUCUUAGAGAUUGAAUUAUUGCUAGCCAAUGGGGAGCUCAUGGUAUGUUCUCGACAUCAAAACAAGGAAAUUUUUUUGUGUGCUUUAUGCAAUCUUGGUGCACUUGGUGUUGUUGUUUCAAUCAAAUUACAGUGUGAAAAGAGUUUCAAAUUAGAGCAGCAACAAUCUUCCUGUACUCUUGACGAGGUAUUAGAUAAUUUGGAAAAUGAAGUACGCUCAUGCGAACACUUUCGUUUUGGUUGGUUUCCACAUACUAAUGAUGCAGUUGUAUGGAAAUGUAACAGAAUCACCAAGCCCAAAGUCGAUAGUUACAAUUGGUUUUGGGAUAGCAUUGUAGGUUAUCAUUCUCUUCAGUUCUUGUACUGGUUGAGCUCCUACUUUGAUAGUCUUAUCCCAUGGAUAAAUAGAACGUUCUUUGGAUUGUUGUUCCGUAAACCAAAGUAUCGUGUCGAUGAUAGCUAUAAGGUAUUCAACUUUGAAUGCUUGUUUAAGCAAUACGUCACGGAAUGGGCCAUACCUAGGGAAAACACUGGCAUAGUGCUAAGGCAGUUGCGAGAUUGGCUGAACACAAAUAACUUUUAUGCUCAUUACCCUGUUGAAGUACGAUUUGUUAAAAGAGAUGAUGUUUACCUUAGCCAAAAUUAUGAACGUGAUACAUGCCACAUCAACAUCGUUAUGUAUAGACCUUAUGGAAAAUUCAUUCCUCAUGACCGCUAUUGGAAGGCAUACGAAGAAAUAAUGCUUGCUGCUAAAGGAAAACCCCACUGGGCUAAGGCGCAUAGUCUGACGUAUAAAGAAUUGUCACAGAUGUAUCCUCAAUAUGAUAAGUUUUGCAAAAUCCGCGAUGAACUUGAUCCCAAUCGGAUAUUUAUUAAUCGUUAUUUGACCCAAGUUCUCUUUGAAGGCCGGGAAGAGUAA